AUGCUCCGAGUGACUCAUUCUCAUAGAAGGAACGCGGACUCAGAGUGCGAUCACAUUUUACAGAGUGCGACUCUCUCAUACACUCAACGCACUAUGGUGCCGUCCAUUUGUUCCUCACACAGGCUUGUACCUGUACAGGUCAACUAUGACCGCAUAGAGGGGCGUCCCUCCUACAUCCAAUUUAAAUAUGAUGUCCGCGCUACUGAUUUCGUUCUAGAGGGCUACCUGAUCGGGCUAG